GGAAGUGAAGCAGAUCUGGUGGCGUAGAACUGAUGGUUGAUAGUUAGAUAAGCUUAGGAGUAUUUUUGUCCGAGGUGGGUUCGCUGUGGCCUAAUUUUUGGCGUUCCCGCCAAUGUUGUGCUUAUUUACAAAGUGUUGUCUGUCUGGGUUACGGUAUCGUUAUCGAUUUGCUUGGGAUUUCACAGCUUUCUUCCUUGAUCUUCACGCGAGGGAGUCGUAAAUUCUGAUAAAUAAGUGGGGGACUCUCAAGCAAGAAGACAAUGGAAUCUGGAAACAUGGAAACAAUAGCAUCUAACCCUCCUGGAGGGUCAAAUGGCUUAGAAGAGCCUAAAAAAAUGACGAGGGAGGACUGGAGAAAGAAGAAAGAAUUGGAAGAACAGAGAAAACUGGGCAAUGCACCAGCUGAAGUGGAUGAAGAGGGAAAAGACAUCAAUCCUCAUAUUCCUCAGUACAUUUCUUCUGUGCCAUGGUAUAUAGAUCCUUCAAAAAGACCUACACUAAAGCAUCAGAGACCCCAGCCAGAGAAGCAGCAAGAAUUUACAGCACAAGGAGAAUGGUAUAAGCGAGGGGUCAAAGAAAACUCUGUUGCAACAAAAUACCGUAAAGGAGCCUGUGAGAACUGUGGUGCAUUAACACAUAAGAAGAAAGAUUGCCUGGAGAGACCUAGAAAAGUUGGAGCAAAAUUCACAGGUACAAACAUUGCACCUGACGAGCACAUGCAGCCUCAGUUGAUGUUUGACUAUGAUGGAAAAAGAGACCGUUGGAAUGGCUACAAUCCAGAAGAGCACAUGAAGAUUGUAGAGGAAUAUGCCAAAGUUGAUUUAGCUAAACGCACACUGAAAGCCCAGAAACUACAGGAAGAGUUGGCUUCAGGAAAAUUGACAGAGCAGGUGAGCUCUCCAAGACAUCAGUGGGGUGAAGAAGAACCAAAUUCACAAAUGGAAAGAGAUCAUAACAGUGAAGAUGAAGAUGAAGACAAAUAUGCAGAUGAUAUUGAUAUGCCUGGGCAGAACUUUGACUCCAAACGACGCAUUACAGUCCGGAAUUUGCGUAUUCGGGAAGAUAUUGCCAAAUACUUGCGAAAUUUAGACCCCAAUUCAGCAUACUAUGAUCCCAAGACAAGAGCAAUGAGGGAGAAUCCAUAUGCCAAUGCAGGAAAGAAUCCAGAUGAAGUCAGUUAUGCAGGCGAUAACUUUGUUCGUUACACUGGGGAUACCAUUUCAAUGGCACAAACACAGCUAUUUGCUUGGGAAGCCUAUGAGAAAGGCUCUGAAGUUCACCUGCAGGCAGAUCCUACAAAACUUGAACUCUUGUACAAAUCCUUCAAAGUGAAAAAAGAAGACUUCAAGGAACAGCAGAAAGAGAGCAUCCUGGAGAAGUAUGGAGGGCAAGAACAUCUGGAUGCUCCGCCGCCUGAAUUACUGCUUGCACAAACAGAAGAUUAUGUAGAAUAUUCUAGACAUGGAACAGUUAUUAAAGGCCAAGAAAAGGCUGUUGCUCGCUCUAAAUAUGAAGAAGACGUUAUGAUCAACAAUCACACAUGUAUUUGGGGUUCCUAUUGGAAGGAAGGCAGAUGGGGAUAUAAAUGCUGCUACUCAUUUGUCAAGUAUUCAUAUUGCACAGGAGAAGCUGGAAAAGAACUUGCUAAUGCUAAUGAAGAACUUCCUGGUGGAGAAUCAAAUGAAGAAGAGUAUAUGACUGUCCCCAAAACACUCGUAGAGAUGCAUCAAGAAAAACAGAGAGAAGAAAAGAAGAAAAAGAAGAAAAAACAUAAGAAGAAUACUAGUUCUGAUAGUGAGGGAGAAGACAGGAAAAAACAGGAAAAACUGAAAAAGGCACUAAAUGCAGAAGAAGCCCGUCUCCUCCAUGUGAAAGAGAUCAUGCAGUUAGAUGAAAGAAAGAGGCCAUAUAACAGCAUGUAUGAAAGCCGAGAGAUAACAGAAGAGGAAAUGGAAGCUUACCAAAUGAAGCGCCAGCGGCCAGACGAUCCUAUGGCCUCCUUCUUGGGACAAUAAUUUGUGAAAAGAAUUCACAAGCUCACGUGUUUAUACUUGGCGACCAAGUGGAGAAACCUUUGCCAGUUUUCUUCAUUAUGUAUAUAUAGCAAUGUACCUGAGUUAGAUUCCCAAGACAUGUAAUAGUGAACUGUACCAAUUAUAUUUUAAUUUCCUGCCUCUUUUGAGAUUACAAGGCUCAGCUAUCAGCGCUAUACUUUUUUGCCAAUAACAUUCUUUCCUUGGGAAACUUCUUGGCUUCUUUGGGUUUAAAAUGGCUACCAUGCACUUGUGUUCUGUAUCACCAAAAUUGCCAUGUACCCUAAAGUAAUAUCUACAUAGAGUGGUGCGGCAUGUUUUUUUAGAAUCCUAAGAAUUCUUUAAAAAAUACUUUUUGUUUUGGAAAGCUUGUUCUUGCUGGUGUUUUUUUUGCGGGGGGGGGGACAGAAAAAACUGUCUUGUGUUGUCUUAGCAUCACAGAUUAAUUGUGGCCCAAACUUUCAUUGACAAAAAGCAACUUCACAAAUCUUGGGAGGGGGGGGGGAGAGAGAGAGUGGUGAUUUCCUUGUGUAGACUGCAUUUUCUUUUUGCACACUUAAGUGCAGUCCAUGACGGAAGAGAUUCUGAACUUUUUCAGCAUUUCUUCUGUUUUUUUAGAAGGAUCAUCUUUUGUCUUUAACUAUUUCCUUACAGGGCAGGCCUUGACUUGAGUGGGCUUAGAAGGGUGUAACUAUGUUUAGGAUUGUACUGUUCAUUUCCCUGUCCAAUGUGGCGGUUGACAUGGGAUCUUGUUACCUUGCACAUCCUUUUAAAAAUAAAAAUAGCUGAAGGAGUCUA